AUGAAGUCCCAGGCCCUGUUUGACGCUAUGUCUGCGGCAGUGAAGGCCAAGGGGCCCGAGCUGGUGAAGCUCGGCGGGGCAGUCUUCCAGUUCGUCAUCAGCGACGCCGGCCCCGAGGGCAAGUUCGUCCUGGACCUGAAGAACGGCAGCGGUUCAGCCAAGGCUGGCGAGGAGAGCAGUGCUGACUGCACCAUUAUCAUGGCGGAUGCGGACUUGGUGUCCAUGGCAGAAGGCAAGCUGGAUGGUAUGCAGGCUUUCAUGGGCGGCAAGUUGAAGAUCAAGGGCAACAUGAUGCUGGCCCAAAAGCUAGCAUCCAUUCUGGAGGCUGCCAAGUGA